AUGCGUUCUCGGGCUAACUAUGUGUCCCCUGAGUUCUGCGAGGAUAUGCUUUCUUGGGCUGAUUAUGUGUCCCCCGAGUUCUACGAGGAUAUGUAUUCUUGGGCUGACUACGUGUCCCCCGAGUUUUGCGAGGAUAUGCUUUCUCAGGCUGAUUAUGUGUCCCUCGAGUUCUACGAGAAUAUGCGUUCUCUGGCUGACCACGUGUUCCUGAGUUCUGCGAUGAUGUAA